GACAAUAUUUAUGUAAGAAGCUUCAACGAAAAAAUCACAGAAAGAGAGUGCAAAAAUGAAACGCGUUAACUUUAGAAUUCCACCACAGAGACAAUAGUACGAAGAUACUGUGUUUGUCUUACUUCAUUUUACCUCUCUUACCUUUCUCCAUAAAGUCAGGCCACUCCCUUACUUGCCCUAAUAACAAUUAUCUCUCACUUUCAUUCUUCAUAGAACAAACUUUCGGACUUUGUGGGAUUCGGCUUCUUCCAAUGCUCUCAGGGGCAAGGUCGCAGUGGCAUUCCUCCCACGCCAUCAUCCAUCAAACUUCUUCUUCAUCUCAUGCAUACGACGUAUUUGUCAGCUUCCGUGGUGAAGACACGCGCAACAACUUCACUAGUUUUCUCUUUGGAGCUCUUUGUCGACAAGGCAUUCUUGCCUUCAAAGAUGACCAAUGUAUUAGAAAAGGUGAUUUCAUAGCACCCGAGCUCCUACAAGCCAUUCAGGGCUCUCAAGUUUUCGUUGUUGUUUUAUCAAAGAACUAUGCUUCCUCCACUUGGUGCUUACGUGAACUGGUUGAGAUAUUUAAUUGCUGUGAAACUUCAGCAAGACCUGUUAUACCUAUAUUUUAUGAUGUUGAGCCUACGACGGUGCGCUAUCAGAAAGGAUGUUAUGAGAAAGCAUUUGCAGAACACGAAAAUAGAUUCAGAGAAGAUAAGGUGAAGAUGGAGGAAGUUCAAACAUGGAAAGAAGCUCUCAGAAAAGUGGCCGAUAUCUCUGGUUCGGAAAUCGGAAAUAAGCCACAAAAUGAACAGAUUGAAAAAAUUGUUCAAGAGAUAAUAAAUAAUUUGAGACCAAAAAUUUUAAAUCUUCCUAGGGAUGAACUAGUUGGGAUAGAGGAUCGACUUCAAGACUUAGGAAAUAUUUUGCAUUUCGAUCUCCUUAAUGAUGUUCGAGUUGUCGGAAUAAGUGGGAUGGGUGGCAUAGGAAAGACAACUCUUGCUCGGGCUUUAUAUGAAAGAAUUUGUCAUCAAUAUAAUUAUCGUUGUUUUAUUGAUGAUGUAAGCAAAAUAUUUCUAGAUUCUCGUUCGUUGGGCUUAUAAAAGCAAUUAAUUUCUCAGACUCUAAAUGAGAAAAAUGUAGAGAUUUGCAAUGUUAUCGAGGGAACAUGUUUGGUGCAGUCCAAACUGAACAAUGCUAAGGCACUUAUAGUUUUUGACAACGUUGAUGAAGUUCAACAACUGAGGAUAUUUAGCGGAAAUAGAGACAAUUUGUUGCGAGAAUGCUUAGGUAAAGGGAGCAGAAUCAUCAUAGUUUCUAGGGAUGAACAAAUAUUGAAGAUACAUGGAGUGGAUGAUAUUUAUCAAGUUCGACCGUUGAAUAGGAAAGAUGCUAUCCAACUAUUUUGUAGAAAUGCUUUCAAAGNUAAUUANAUUUUGAGCGAUUAUGAAAAGUUGGCACGUGAGAUACUAUCACAUGUUGAAGGACAUCCCUUGGCAAUUGAAACAAUUGGGUCAUCUUUGCUUGGCCGAAGUUUGUCACAUUGGAAAAGUGUAUUGGAAGGGCUAAAAGAAAAUAAAAGUAAAAAUAUUAUGGGUAUUUUGCGCAUAAGUUAUAUUCAACUGGAAGAAAAAUACAAACAAACAUUUUUGGAUAUUGCUUGCUUCUUCAAUUCUUAUUAUGAAAAAGAUGUGAAGGAAAUUCUAAAUUUUCGUGGAUUUCAUCCUGAAGAUAGCAUACAGGUUCUCAUUGAUAAAUCACUCAUUACCAAAGAUUUCAAAGGGUACAUACGUAUGCAUAGCUUGCUAGUGGAUUUGGGGAAGUGUAUUGUUCGGGAAGUAUCACCUAAAGUGCCUAGAAAGUGGAGUAGGCUGUGGACAUACAAAGAUUUCCAUGAUGCUAUGUCAGAGAACAAGACAACUCGAAACCUUGAGGCAAUAGUUCUUAGAUAUCACCUGGAUGAGGAUGAGGAUGAUGUUGAAAUCCCAGAUAAAACAAUCAAGGCGGAUGGUCUAUCAAAAAUUAAACACCUGAAGUUGCUUUAUGUUGAGAACGUGAAGGCGAACGUUAACUUUUCGGGAAGUCUGAAUCAUCUUUUGAAUGAACUAGGAUAUCUUACUUGGUAUAAUUAUCCGUUUGAAUGUUUGCCUCAAAGUUUUCAACCACACAAACUAGUUGAGUUAAAGCUGCGUUGGAGUAGUAUUCAACGAUUAUGGGAAGGCACAAAGUCGUUACCCAAUUUGAAGCGUUUGGAUCUCUUGCAUUGCCAAAGUUUAGUUGAGAUGCCAGAUGUAACAGAGGCCCCAAAUCUUCAAUCGAUACAUCUUGAAGGAUGUGGACAGCUCCAAAAACUGAAUCCAUCGAUUGAGAGUCUGAGAAAGCUUGUUCUUUUGAAUUUGAGAUACUGCAAAAAACUAGUAAUCUUAUCUAAUACUAUAUUGGGCCUGAAAUCUCUUGAAUAUCUGGAUGUCAGCUAUUGUUCAAUAAUAGGUAGUAAUUGGUUGAACACAGAGAACUUGAUCAGAUGUUUGUCGCCCUCCUCUCCUCUCUCUUGUUUGUGUGAACUCAAUCUAAGGUUCUGUAACUUAGUUCAAAUUCCUGAUUACAUUGGAAAGUUAGGUUGCUUAGAGAGCCUAAAUUUAGAGGAAAACAAUUUUGUUAGAUUGCCUAACCUGAAGGACCUUUUGAGACUGUAUUAUUUAAACUUACAGGAUUGCAAGCGAUUGAAAUACUUGCCUGAUCUCCCUUCACGAACUGUCACGAGAUCUUCAUCAAUGUUUUUGAAAGUUGCAGGAUUUAUCAUUUUCGGCUGCCCAGAAUUAGUUGAGAUUAAACAGUGCAUUACAAAGAGUUUUUCAUGGGCAAUACAAAUUUUUGAGGCGACCUACCAAUACCAAUGGAUAGCUCGUGUAACUAUUAUGCCUGGAAGUCAAAUACCGAGCUUGUUCAACAAUGAGUUUGUGAACGUGGACCAAGAAUACCUGGACGAAAAAAACCUAAUCGUUGAUCCACCUCCCGUUCCGCAUGACAAUAAUUUCAUUGGUGUUUUGUGUUGCGUAAUAUUUCGUCUACACAAUAGACAUAUUCCAAUGGAUUUUAGAAGAGAUCACAUGUGCUUACAUUAUGGAAAGGUUUCUAUAGACGAACUAAAAAAUGAACAAAUUCCAAUGGAUUUUAGAAGAGAUCACAUGUGCUUACAUUAUGAAAAGGUUUCUAUGGACGAACGUGGUAUUCAUCCUUAUCAUUUCCGUUUGAGGAUGAUUGACUUAUUGUUGAGUUAUAAGACUUCUAGGAAUUUUGUUACGGUGAAGAAAUUUCAGUAUCGCUGGGUAAAUGAAGAAGACCUAAUUAACUUCAAAAUGACGCAUUGUGCAAAUUUGACAGGUCGGAAGGGCAAGAUUUCCGUAAUUGAGGAAAACGGUUAGUUACCGUAUUUAAGCAGAGAGAGACACAGUAGAAACAGAAGCAGCACUGCAUUCAAAUUCCCAUAGUUUGAAGAAAUAGGAGCUCUCUCUUCAGCGUUCAAUUUGGUUUCUAAUGACUAUACAAUUUGGUUCUACAAUAACACUAAAAGGGGUCUAUGAGGAGGUUGCAUUUUGCACAAAAAAUGGUCAUCAUAAGUUGUGUUGGAAUGGAAGCAGUUUUCAAACAACAGUUGGAUGCAACAUUUUCUUAUGAUGGAUUCUAUUAUGAUUGUUAGAUUAUUCUA